AUGGAUAAGAUCCCCAAGUUUCGCCGGAAACCCAAACCUCCAGUCAUCGAGACGGCCCUCGAUCGCAAUGCCGCCGUCGCAUCGGAAAACAUGAGCGUCAAUGAUUCGGUGCAGCGAACGCACCACAAAAUGUCACCAUUCAAGAGCUUGCGACUGCGAGGCCCGUCGAAGCGCGCUAGGGACAGUCCUCCUUCAGACCUCACUCCAACCACGCCGUCAGCCGUCGUGGUGGCCCAGGAUGGCAUCCAGUCGCCGCAGAGGCCUGCGCGACCAGCGAGCGUCAACCAGCCGCCACCAGUUUUGCCAGCCUUCUUGACGCUGUCGCAGCAAGACAUCGACGUCAAGUAUCAGGAACUCACCUGGGCUGAGCGAGUCAGAGUUGCGCAGGGCAUGCGAGACGACAACAUGGGGGAUGCACGAUGGAUCAUCUACAAGCACGCCGAUACGUUCGAGAAGAUGGAUCGCUACAUUAACAUCAAACCCUGGGCUUAUAACCGGGUCAAGCUUCGGGUCCCAGAAACCGAAUUCGACUAUGUCAACGCCUCUGCCAUUACUCUUACGUCCCCGACUGACCCGAACAAGCCGCCGUUGCGUUACCUUGCCAUGCAAGGCCCUACGGUAUCCUCAUUCGACCAUGUCUGGCGCAUGAUUGCUGAACAGUGUCCCUCCCCCGCUGUCAUUGUGCAGCUCACAAACAUGAUUGAGCUUGAUGUGAUCAAGUGUGAUCAAUAUUUCCCCAUGGGCGAUGAACUUCCCACAGGCGGACAGGAUACCGUCUGGGGUGUCAACGACUAUAAUCUGUGGAACGACAACUGGAGGGCAGACCUCACCUUUGUUUCGGUGGAGGAGCUUGCAGGUGGCGCAAUUGAGAAGCGCAAACUUCUCCUUCAUGUCCAAGGGGAGAAAGAACCCCGCGUUGUCUGGCAUUUCCUCUACAGACGCUGGCCCGAUUUUGGUGUACCAACUUCGGAUGACUUGGACAGCUUUCUAGAGCUAAUGAAGCUAUCGCGAUCGUAUUGCGCACCAUCAACCCCACGCAUUAUUCAUUGCAGCGCGGGUGUAGGUCGUACGGGUACAUUCAUCUGUCUUGAACAUUUGAUUAGGGAACUAAACGCAGGAUACCUGGCAAGAUACGAUUUGCCUAUGGAGCGUGCCGAUCUUGUCUUUCAAGCGGUUGAUAGCCUCCGUCAGCAACGCCGCGGCAUGGUCCAAGGCGAAAUCCAAUACCGGUUCAUCUACCAAGUCAUGCGGAAGCUCUGGCAGGACAAGUACGGCACUGUGGACGAGGAAGCCAGCAGCCGUGAACCAGCGGCUAAGAGGCUCGAGGUUGCGAGUCCCUUUGCUGGCAACUUUCGGCCGGCAACAAAUUAG